AUGGGCAAACCCACACUUCCCGCUCAAACGGCAAUGCGUCGCCCUUCUCCACCUGGCCUCGAGCCUUCCGUGCCGGUCGACGCUCAAAACCAGCUUCAAAGCCAGUCCGCACGCUCGACAGGAUCCGACACGGAGGUCAGUGACGCGCCACUGAACGACUCGUGCGUGUCGAACGCGGGCUUUGGCGGAGGCGUCCAGCGAGACUCGGACUCCGACGAAACGGCGGGUCUGUCUCCGCCCGCAUACGCAAAGCUCGUACCGUCGAGAGGCGAUCAGACCACGAUCGACCUGAAGUGCCACUCUCUGGACGACUGCAUGAAACCUUGCUCGACGCCUGAAUGGGGAGCAACGAGCCAGAUCGCGAGUACUAAGCGUCAAGAUCUUGAGUCGGGACUCUCGACCAGGAGCACGCCGAGUCCGGGUCUGAGUCUUUCUGUCUUCCUGACAAUCAUGGGUGGAGUUAUCACACUCAAUGUCGCGAUCCUUUCGCUCGACUUCGCCAUCUCCGUUUCAACGGUCCAAGCCACUAUGCGCAUCCUAUCGCGCGUGUUCAGCGCGAUCGGCCUCGUAUACGCGCUCACCGUGUCGUUGUUUGUCGCCCUCGCGGCAUCUACUUGCGAGGAGUCUACGUACCGAAUCGGGCGACGGCGCUGUGUGCAACUGUUCAUACCCAGCGCGGUUUGUGGUCUGGUGGGUUUGGCGUGUGUGAUUGCCGAGGCUUGGAGAGGAUAG